UAUUUAUACAUAUAUCUUCUCUCUGACUAUUCUUAAACCAAAACCAAUCUUCUUUAAAAGUUUUCAUGACAACCAUGUCGGAAUCGCAUCUGCGUUUGUUUUAUCUCUCGCUACUCCUACUCUGUUUUGUCUCCCCAUCAAGCUUCCUCACUAUAAGUAGUCCCGGUACAGUUGCUUGCCGUCCCCACCAAAUUCAAGCAUUUACACAGUUCAAGAACGAGUUUGAUACUCGCGGUUGCAACCAUAGUGAUAGCGGAGUCUUGUGCGAUAGCUCGACGGGUGCCGUCACAGAGCUACGGGUCAGGGCAUGUCUUAGUGGAAUUCUGAAGCCUAACAGUAGACUCUUCGGGUUCCAUCAGCUCCGUUAUGUUGAUAUCAAUUACAACAACUUUACCUCCUCUUCACUCCCUUCCGAGUUUGGAAAUCUCAACAAAUUACAGGUUCUGAGUCUUUACUCUAAUGGCUUCCUCGGCCAAGUUCCAUCCUCCUUUAGUAACCUAAGUCUACUUUCCUUUUUAGAUCUUUCCUAUAAUCAGUUCUCUGGAAAUCUGAAUCCCAACAGUAGCCUCUUUGGGUUGCACCACCUCAGUUACCUUAAUCUCGCUUAUAACAACUUUGAUUCCUCACUCCCUUCCGAAUUUGGUAAUCUCUAUAGAUUAGAAACCUUGUCUCUUUCCUCUAAUGGCUUUUCUGGUCAAGUUCCUCCCAUAAUUAGUAACCUAACCCAGUUAACCCAGUUGUACCUAAACCUAAACGAGCUCACAGGUAGUUUCCCACUUGUACAAAAUCUAACUAAGCUCUCCAUUUUAGAUCUUGCCACUAAUAACUUCUCUGGAGCCAUUCCUUCUUCUCUCCUCACUAUGCCUUUUUUAUCACAUCUGAUCUUAAAUAAGAACCAUCUUACUGGUUCUAUUGAAUUCCCCAACUCCUCUUCUUCAUCAAGGCUACAGAGUCUGUUACUUGGGAACAACCAUUUUGAAAUUCAAAUAUUAGAGCCCAUCUCAAAGCUCAUCAACCUCGAGAAUCUUGACCUUUCUUACCUAAACAGAAGCUACCCGAUUGACUUAAACCUCUUCUCCUCUCUCGAAUCUUUAGUGGGGCUCGAGCUUUCCGGUAAUAUAAUAUCUCAUGCCAGUUUAAGUUCAGAUUCAAACAUCCCAUUGACUCUGGAAUCAUUGUCUUUGGAGCGCUGCGGCAUCAGCGAGUUCCCAAACAUCUUAAAGACUCUUCAGAAGUUGGAGUAUAUAAACUUAUCCCACAAUAGAAUCAAAGGGAAAAUCCCUGAGCUACCACUCUCUGUCGAAGUCUUCUCUGUUGGUAAUAAUAGUUUCACAGGGGAGAUACCUCUUUCAAUAUGCAACGAAAGCUCUCUGGAAGUUCUUGAUCUAUCCCACAACAACUUCACCGGUCCAAUUCCUCAAUGUCUAAGUAACUUCAAGUUUGUGACGCUCCGGGGGAACAACUUUGAAGGAAGUAUUCCUGAUGCGUUCUAUGCCGGUGCCUCUCUACGGACACUAGACGUUGGCUACAAUCGACUAACUGGAAAGCUUCCAAGGUCUCUUCUAAAUUGCUCAUCUCUAACGUUUCUAAGCGUUGAUCACAACAGAAUCGAAGACACGUUUCCGUUUUGGCUCAAGCCUUUACCGAAUUUGAAAGUCCUUACCCUUCGUUCAAACAAGUUCUACGGUCCUAUAUCUCCUCCUCAUCAAGCUCCUCUCGAAUUUCCCGAGCUGCGGAUAUUUGAAAUAGCUGAUAAUAAGUUAACUGGAAGCUUGCCACCAAGUUUCUUUGUGAAUUGGAAAGCAUCAUCUCUAACGAUGAAUGAAGAUGCGAAUUUAUAUAUGAUACACAGUGAAGUUGGCUAUAGAUUUAUGGAUUUUAUUGAUUUGAAAUACAAAGGUUUAUCUAUGGAGCGAAAAUGGGUCCUUACUUCUUAUGCCGCCAUUGAUUUUUCUGGAAACAGACUAGAAGGACAGAUUCCUGAAUCUAUUGGUCUCUUGAAGGCAUUGAUUGCGCUCAACUUAUCGAACAACGCAUUCACAGGCCAUAUUCCUCUGUCUUUCGCCAAUCUUAUGAAUCUCGAGUCUCUAGACUUGUCAAGAAACCAACUCUCUGGCACUAUUCCGAACGGAAUCAAGACCCUCUCGUUUUUGGCGUACAUAAAUGUGUCUCAUAACCAACUCAAGGGUGAAAUACCACAAGGAACACAAAUCAUUGGGCAACCUAAAUCCUCCUUUGAAGGAAAUGCAAGGCUUUGUGGUCUUCCUCUCGAGGAAAGUUGCUUUGGCACUAGGGGACCUCCAAUGCAGCACCAUAAGGAAGAAGAUGAAGAAGAAGAGGAACAAGUGUUAAGCUGGAAAGCAGUGGCAAUAGGAUAUGUACCUGGAGUGUUGUUUGGAUUGGUGAUGGCACAAGUCAUUGCUUCAUACAAGCCGGAGUGGCUCGCCAAGAUAACUGGUCCGAAUAAGCACAGAAGCCGUUAAGAAUGUUUCGGUUUCGAAUGUGAUCCUUCAAUGGCUGUCAAGUAGUUGUUGUUCUUGUAUUGAAGCAUUUCCGUGUUGGUUAUGUAGUCUUUAUCUAAUGCUUUGUUUUGUUUAUUUUUUCUCAGUAGUCAUAUUCACAUACAUCUCUGUUUUUUCUAUACGCCGUGUUGGUUUUUUAACACAAUAGAUAAUAAAUAAGGCGACUGAAGGAAA